ACAGUCGACAUCCCACGCUAGCGAUUAGUUUGAGUUUACAGUACUACGCGGCGCGUUGUUCGCCAAACAGCUUUGUAGAUUAGAGACGUGCUACCAUUUCGCGCCAAAAUGAUUUCACUUGUUCGCUUACAUCGCAGUGUUAUUAAAACAUUUUUCGAAAUAUAAUUCAUUGAAAUUUAUAUUUUAUUUGUGCAUCAAAGUUCAACGUUUUAUUUUGUGUGUGAAAUAACUUAGUGUUGUGCUUUUAUUACUCACUUUUACUCGCCUUUUUACACGACUACACGAUGCAAACGGUUCUGAAUUUUAAUUCUAUGUUGAGAGUGUAUGAUUUGGUACAUUUACAAAAAUGUUGAGAGGAUUUCUAGUGGUUUCACUUCUAGUAAUUCAAUCAUUUCCAUACGCCACACCAUCAAGCCUGCUAUGCGGGCGCACCAAGGAGGUGGAGGUGGGGGGCGCGGGGGGUGCGGGGGCGGCCCUCGCGCUGACCCUCGCGCGCCCGCCCGGGGUCUCCGCGCCCUGCCAGUUGAGACUGAUCGCGCCUGAUGCAGCUGCGUUCACUGUGCGGCUUAUUGAUGUUAAGGAGUCGCUAGCGGAAUGGGACCGCGGGUUCGACGGGCCUCCGGACUCUACGCAGGGCCGCAAGUGGAGCAUGCGCAGCGCACACGCGCAGCACACGGGCGAGCAGGGAGCGCUGGUCAACAACAACGCGACGGACGCGUGCAAGCUGAUUGUUUAUAUAGAAUCGAAGCCCAUAUGGAAGCUAUCGCUGUGCGGCGGCAACGCGGCGUCCGUGGCCGCACGAGCUGGUACCAAGCUGCUGCCCCCAAAGAUCAGGGUGGUGUGGAACCCGCCGGCUACGACCUACCAUCACACGGAGAAACUGCGGCUAGUCGUCACUGCUGUUAAUAGUGGUGCAAUAUGCUCCGAAGACAGCCAGUUCACAUGCGGCGCGUCGAGCCUAUGCAUCUCGUCGUACCUCGUGUGCGACGGCGUGCGGCACUGCCCCGCGGGGGAGGACGAGGAGCCGGCCGCGUGCGCGCGCCGCCGGGACUCGCCGCUGCUGGAGGUGCUGCGGAGGUUCGCCGCGCGCAACCAGGAGCUGCUGGGGCUGGACCAGCCGGAGGCGGUUACUAAGCCGUCUGUUAUUAUGAAGAUAAGCGAAAGUGAGCAGAAGUCAAACGCUCUACUGGAGUUCGCGGAAGCCCUGAAGCCCUAUGGACCCUGGAGUUACCUCGUGGUUGGCAUGCUCGUCUGCGCCACCAUACUUAUGUUCUGUUUGGCUUGGGAGUGUUGCUGCAAGAGCUCCAAGCCGUCCGACACGCCGCUCAACAUUCCGCCAUCUUGCAUCGACCUGUCGCCAACUGUCAGCGUGACAGCGUCGUCGCAGCAAAUGUUCCCGCCACCCCUACCCCCAUCCCCCCCGGAAUACGAACCUCCCCCCUCCUACUCCUCCCUCUUCCCCCGAGCCUACAAAUCUUCCCCCUCUCCUGUGCCACACUGCUCCCACCAGGAGCCGGAUUGAUCAUAGAUUACACCAAAUUGUAGAUAGGACGCGAUUUUUGAAAAUUUUCGUGGUUAUAGCCUUGUUUAAAUUGAGAUUUGUAACGUUUAAAAUAACAAAAAUAAUACAAAUAAAUUACCUAUUACAUGAACUAAAUUCAAAAUAGUAUUGAUUUCAGAAAACAAUUUUUUUUAUAAAUUAACCCAAUUCUUUGAACUAAAUUCAAAUCUAGACACAAAAAAUUAAUACGAACAUUAUUUUCAAACAUCAAAAGCCAAAUAAAAAUAAAAAAUACAAAAAAAACAUAGAUGUUAGAUUUUCAUAAAAUAUGCGGGAUAAAUUUGGAAAAAUCUUAACGACUGUUUACAGUCUGAAAAACAAUAACUUUUGACUGAGAAUGGUCUCAUACUUUGUAAUAAAAGUGAGAUGAAAUUAUUUUUUUUCUAGAGAGUGAAAACGCCUGAAAUAAAACGAAAAUAUGUGUUUUUUUUGCAUUAUUUGUUAAGAAUUAAAUGAUUGAGAAAUAAAGAUAACUUUGAAGAAGGCGUUACCAACUCUGUAAAAGCAUUUUAAGUAGUUCUUACAACAAUUAUAAGUACCUAUACUUAUAUUAUAACAAAUGCUUGUAACUCAAUAAUAAAUGUCAAAAUUUUAUAUUUUCCUACUUCCCUCGUACUCUUUCACUGCCUUAUCUAUCUUCUUGACAAAAUAUUUAAAACAGACUGAUAAAUAUUUC